AUUAGGUAAGACCGAAUGAGCAAUUCCUCACAUUGACUCACCAGCUUCUCUCUGUUACGGAAGAUAUUUGACAUCGUGUCAAAUAAUAAUAAAAAAAAAAAAUGCCGGGGAUCUUGAGGACCGUUGCCAGCCGCGUCGCACCCGUCCUGCGGGGACACACUGUCACCCAGACGGCGAAUUUGUACACCAGGCCGCCAAAAGAGAAAAUCGGCUUCGUUGAAUCAUCAAUUGCGUUGGUUGUGUUGUCUGCAACGAUCCUUGGACCCUCUGGAUGGAUCCUGGCCCACCUGGAGGACUACAAGAACAGGGACUAAAGUGGAAACUGCCAGAUGUGGUUUAUCCAGCCUCCAUCUUAUCCUGGGAUCAUCAUCUUAAUCUAAUGAUGCAGAGAUGUUUUAUUUACCACCCUUCUACCUCUGUGACAGUUUCUUGUCCCUGUUACAACUUCACUUAAAAUAAUGUCUCAGAUAUGUCAAUUAUGCUACAAUUUUGUGGUCAAUCUUUCCUCAUAAGGAGUGUUACAGAAUUAAAUUUCAACCUUAAAUGAU